AUGGAUGGCGGCGGCGGCGUCACGUCGCCUCGAGGCUUCCCUGGUUACGUACCUCCGACUGCUCCAGUCCCUCCCGGACAUGGUACCUUCUACAAGACUCGAUUGUGCCCGCUUUUCCAAUCUGGAUCUUGUCCUCGUGGGCAGGCUUGUAGCUACGCUCAUGGUCCGCAGGAACUUCGUCCCAACGUAGCGGGCGGUGGUAGACCUAGUGGAGGCCUGAUAGGUGGUCUUCAUACAGGCACUGUUAUGCCAACGGCUCGG